AUGAACGAUGGGACAGCCUUCAGAGUACACGAUUUGGAACAGUUCGAACGUGAAAUGCUUCCCAAGUAUUUCAAUACUCAGAAGUAUGCUAGCUUUACUCGGGCGCUGUGUGCCCAUGGAUUUCACUGUGUACGAACGGGGAGCCACACUGGGAUUUACUCGCACCCUAAGUUUAAUCGCAACGACCCCGCGGCUCCUUCUAUGAUCAAGAGAGUGAAGAAAACGAACCAUGCGAAAGCGUUGAACAAACUAUCAAAUCGAAGCCAUGACUUAGUAUUGCGAGAUGGAGGGCGAUCAUUUAUGUUUCCAUCGCUUCUGAACAAUACCCAAUCUCACAUGAAUGCAGAUGAUAAUGCAUCGAUUUUUGGUCACUUGUACCAAACGGCUCGCUCUCAAAUAGUAGAUCGAACAACAUAUGCGCUCAUCCGUCUUCCACCAGGCUCACACUUCAUCAGUUCAGACGAAAGUGAUGAUUACAGCGCGGGUGAACACGAAUCCCUGAACAGUCAGUUCCCGCCGUCGGCAUCAGCUGUACCCUCAAGUUCCUACAAUGUCGUCCCAGAUUACAAUAGGGCAACCUUUGACCAACAAAAACAUGAUGAUCAAACAGCUCAGAACUCUGGCUCAAUCCUGGACCAUGAUGAUUUCGAACCAAUACCUUUGCCAAUGCACAGUUCAUCGCAGAAUUUUGGCGUACCUGAUCAUUCUGAAGAUGAUGAAGCAUCGCUUGGCUCCUUGGAGCCACGAAACAUUCAAGAGAUGAAAAGGAAUCCAGAAGAUUUCAAUGCAUUCUACAACAUCCUACCAGUGAUUCCAAAGCCAAGGUACCAGGCGUUGUACGACUUUUCAUCUCCAGUCGCUUUACCCGGUCUUUUCUACUUUAUGGAUAUUUCAUCAUUUGGAAUGUGCUGGGCAAUGUUCCUCAUUGUUGGGCAUACCAUUCAAGCCUUAUUUACUGCCUUUGGACCAAACACGCAAGAUUUGGUUUUGCGUCCGAAGAUCAGCAUGCUGAAGCAUAUUUUCAUGGACAUUAUGUGGAUGCAUUCUCUCCUCUCUGCUAUGGUGUUGGUUCCAGAAUACUUUGGAUCAUCAAGUGUUAUGCUUGCCAUAACCUUUAUCGGCACCCAACCUCCCAACCUUGCAACUAGUCUAAAGACGCACUAUCACAUGAAUAUCCAAAAGGCCGCGCCUUUUGUACAUCAUGGAGAAUGGUGGAUUGCAGAUAUCGCGAGAUGGAUCUUCGUUGGGUACUUCAUUGCCAUGCUUUGCAUUUGCCUGGGGCAUUUUUGGGAUAUCGCGAAUAUGAAAGUGAUUGGAACCUUCGUACUGAAUCUAACACCAUUAUUCGCAUGCGAAUCCUACAGAUUAUUGCUUUCGAUUCCUGCAAGGUUGGAAGUUCAGCAUGGUGUUAAGAAACGCAAAUAG